CUAAAUCCGCCGCCGCCACGGCCACCGCCAGCCAGCCCUCAUAAUAAUCUGUCGUUCGAUUUACAUUAACAUUGGCUGUAGCCUGUUGGUGUCUAUGUCUCAACGGAAGAGAAGAAAAUCCAGAAGAACAAGAACACAGGAAGCUUUGCCAUAGCUGAUAGCUCUGGGUUCUUACUCCUUUGAUUUUCCAUCGAACUUCCCGGUCAUGAACGCCGUCACAAGCUUCAAGCUCAAUUGCUUCUUCCUUAAACUUGGAUUUCCUUCCAAACCUUCAACCAUUUUCAUUAAUUCUAGCCAUUUCCUCUCCUCCCCCACGACAAGAAGAUGCUGCAGUACAAUUGCGCUCUCCUUGUCUCAAAAGUCAAGUGAAGAGCUGCUAGUGGUGGUUGGUGGCGGCGCGGCUGGAAUAUAUGGAGCAAUUAGGGCUAAAACUGUAGGCCCUAAUCUGAACGUGGUGGUUUUUGAAAAGGGGAAGCCUUUGUCAAAGGUUAAAGUUUCCGGAGGUGGCCGGUGCAAUGUAACAAAUGGGCAUUGUUCCGACAAUUUGAUUUUGGCAGAAAAUUAUCCCAGGGGCUAUAAGGAACUUAGAGGCUCUUUCUUUAAGACGCAUGGUCCAAAGGAUACUAUGGCCUGGUUUUCUAAUCAUGGGGUGGAACUGAAGACUGAGGGUGAUGGAAGGGUAUUUCCUGUCAGUAACAACUCAUCCUCUGUUGUUGAUUGCCUUAUGUCUGAAGCAAAGCACAGAGGAGUUAAACUGCAAACUGGAAAAGUUGUUACAAGUGCAUCAAUGACACUGGCUGGGAAAUUCCUUCUCAAGAUUGAGAAGCGAACUGUUGACAUUGUGGAAUUUGUUGAAGCUGAUUAUUUAUUAAUUGCUAGUGGGAGUCGCAAGCAGGGGUAUACUCUUGCUACUCAACUUGGUCACUCCAUAGUAGAACCAGUACCAAGUUUAUUUACUUUCAAGAUUGAGGAUCCCCAGUUGGCAGAGUUGUCUGGGGUUACAUUCUCUAAGGUUAAAGCAAAGCUAAAGUUAGAAACUACUGGGAGGAGUAUACCACAGCUAACGCAGGUUGGAGCCAUGCUAGUCACACACUGGGGACUGAGUGGCCCAGUAAUCCUUAGGUUAUCUGCUUGGGGUGCUCGUGAUCUAUCCAGCUCAGAUUAUAAAGGGAUACUAUAUGUUGAUUUUGCUCCUGACAUUCAUGUUGAAGAUGUCAAGUCCAUUCUUAGUCGACACAAAAAUCAGUUUGUGAAGCAAAAAGUGCUGAAUUCCUCUCCUCCAGAACUUGGCCUUGCAAAGAGAUUUUGGAAAUAUAUGUUAGACCGUGAGGGCUUAAAUGAGGAUAUCUUAUGGGCGUCCGUUUCAAAUAGUGCAUUACUAUCUCUUGCUUCAAAAUUGAAGCAUUGUUCAUUCAGAGUAAAAGGAAAGGGCCAAUUUAAGGAUGAGUUUGUCACUGCUGGAGGCGUGCCAUUAUCCGAGGUGACGCUUAGCACAAUGGAGAGCAAGGUCCAAUCAAAUUUAUUCUUCGCCGGAGAGGUACUGAAUGUUGACGGCGUAACUGGCGGCUUCAAUUUCCAGAAUGCUUGGUCGGGCGGAUAUAUUGCAGGAACAAGCAUAGGCAAUCGACUAGUAGAGGGUGGUGGGAGGGAGGGAGUGUAGUUUUAUAUGAUAAAUAAAGAGUAAUAUUCUAACAGCAGGUCUUCUGAAAUAGAAGACUUGCAUAAUAGCUGUUACUAAACCACAGAUGCAAUGGACAUCAUAUUGGUCCAUCCAUGAACACUGUACACAUAUCAUUAGAAGUCAUUUUUAUGUAGGAUUAUAGAAAACGGAGCCAUUUUUGACAUGUCAAACCUGUCACGUUGUUUUCUAAGUUAAUUCUGGCUGUCUUGCUCUACACGUCACGGUUUUGAAAAUAAAAGUUGCUUUCUUCAUAAUUUGAAAGCAACAUUAUCAUUAUUAUAAGGCUACCCAUCUUUUGAUGAUAGACUAAAACCUUGCCAUAAAGUCUAUCUGUAUCUUUUGUGGUUUGAAUUAUUUCA